AUGCCAACCACAAUGGACCCUAAGAUUGAGAACGACGAAUCUGUGAAUGACAGAUGUCUUAGCUCCAGUCAUUCGUCAUCCACACAUUUGCCAGCAAACAAUCUGCUUGGUCAAUAUCUGAAUCCACUAUCGGGGACUCGAAAACGUCAGAUUGAAGAGUCAGACGAAACACUUGUCGCACCAAUUGACCAGCAACACUUGCCCCCAGACCGUAACCAUGAUGAGACGAAGGGCAUUGGCGUCCGCGACACAAGUCAAGCUAAUGACUUUAGCACGCAACCAAGACAGUUCUCAUCGCCUUCACUCAUCUCAGCCCCAACAGUGAUCUCAGAUGCCGGCAAUCAGCAGUUCAAAGAGCUAAAAGCUCGAAAGGAGAAGAUUCAAGAUUCAAACAGUGACGUUAUCACAGAUGCGUCUACAUCGGGUCUUCCUUAUCGAACUUCCAGGAAUCGAGGAGGUAGAUCCGAACCAAGUUUUCGGUUUGAGCUACAACAAAAGCUCCGCAGCGCAUGUCUAGUCAUCAAGAACCCCAUGUAUCAUGGACACGAAAAAUACUUCCUCCCCAGAGGAGAGCUUGAAAAUCUCAUCAACGUGGAGUCGGUUACUAAAGAGCUGAUAGAACGUGGGUUCAAAAAGGAGUAUGCUCAUGCAACUGCCAUCCAAGAUCAGCACCUUCUCCCUUUCUUUGAUGACAAAAGGGCCUUGUCUCGCAAGCUCCCCCAACAGAAUGACGACCAAGUCAUGGACUGGGAGGAAAUUGAGAGUGGAUUCUCGAAAGUCUUCAUGGUGUGGGUGCAUUCUCAGCAUCAUGACCUCUCCGGACUUGAAUGUGACCGUGGCUUUGCAAUCAAACAAUUGAUGAAGCCUAGCGAAGAGGCCUUCAACCAGGAAGUCGAAAUGUUGAAGAAGUUCAUCGGCGACAGAAGUCAUCCGCACAUUGUUUCUCUGCUAGCUACAUAUAAGCAAUAUGGCAAGUAUCACAUGAUUUUUCACCGGGCUGACGGUAAUCUAUUCGAAUAUUGGAGAGACAUAUGCCCAGCUCCGGAGCUCAAUUACGACACAGUCAAAUGGGUCGCCAAGCAGCUGGAUGGCCUCUCUGAUGGGCUACUUCGUUUUCACAAGCAUAUUUCGUUCUUGAAAUGCUACGACGAACCAGUCCAACCGGACAUCAAUGAAAGCAUACAGGCCAGGAGCCAGUCUCAGCCGAGAAAGAGAGCUAGAUUCGAGCCAGUACCUCGAAACGAUAGCAAAGGACUGGACCAGGACGCUACAAGGCUAAAGACUAAGUAUGGCCGACAUGGAGAUCUCAAACCGGAAAAUAUUUUGUGGUUCCCCGAUUUAGACGAUCCAAUUGGUAUUCUCAAGAUAUCUGAUCUGGGGCAAGCUCAAAUUCAUUCAACGAUCAGCAAGACAAGGCGUGAAAGCAACGGUAUUCAUACAUUGACCUACCGGCCACCAGAGAGCGAUAUUGAGCCCUAUCUGAUACGCCAAUCUGGAGAUAUAUGGUCUUUAGGCUGUAUUAUCCUCGAAUUUAUUACGUGGGCUCUCGGUUCCUGGGAACUGGUAGCGUAUUUCAAAGCAAAACGAGUAUCUGACGAUCAAUACUCCCCAAUAAAGUCUGACACGUUCUACGAAUUGAAGCAAGUACCUGGUAUGAACCACUCUGGCGCCCAAAUCAAACCAGCGGUCACUCAGCAUAUCCAGCAUCUACGCUCCCAUCCAAAGUGCACAGCAUACUUUUCAGAUGUCCUUGACUUGGUUGAACGAGGAAUGCUGAUCAUUGAACCGAGCGAAAACUAUGCAGACUACAAUAGGAGGAAGAAUUGUGGCGAGAUACGCCACUCGCUAAGGGUAUAUUAUAAUAAUUGUUUAAAGAGCGAGACCUAUGCAGCCGGACCUCGUUGA